CAUCCUUGGUUUUCCACUAUUAGUAGUGUUAGUACAACAAUUUCAUUACAAUUAUUUUUAAGAUUGUGUCGUGCUUAUAAAACUGAAGAAUGGCAACACUAAAAUUAAAUCCAGUGAUAUUAACUAUAUUUAUUGUAAUAAUAAUAACACUACUUUUGAGGAUGAUUUUUCGCGCCAAGAAAUGUCUUCCAGGACCUUUUAAUUUGCCAAUUAUAGGUUACUUACACAAACUAGAUCCAGCAGGACCACACUUAACAUUAACAAAGCUUGUACAUCAAUAUGGACCUGUUUAUAGGGUUAAACUUGGCUCUAUUAACACCGUCGUCAUAGCCGACGCAAAAAUACUGAAGAAGUUGUUAGCAAAGGACGAAACACUUGGAAGACCUCCCCUCUAUAUUUUCUACACCGUAUUUGAUGGCAAAGGGAUUCUUUCAUUGCCUAUUGAACAACUGAAAGACCAACGUAAGUUUGUAACAAUUUUUUUAAGAACGAUAGGAGCCAGUAGAGUUUCCCAAAAUAAGAAAACGUGUGAGGCGUUAAUAAGAAAACAUGUUGAGGAAUUUGUACAGGUUUUUAAAAGUCCAAAUCGUUGUGUGUCAAUGGAUCCUUCAGAAUAUGUAUCCCGUUGUGUUAGUAAUAUCGCUGGUAUGAUACUUCUGGGCAAAUCGUUUUCGUUGGACGACAAGACUGUUACCGAUUUAGCAGAGAACCUUGAUAAAGUAAUUGAAGCCAUAGCUUUUGGAGGACCAUUAAAUUUUUUGCCAUUUUUACAUUUCUUACCAAUGUUUAAAAGAACACUAACUUCACUAAAAAAGUCUGUUCAUAUAAUUCGUGAUGUUCAAAAGAAACUUAUAAAUGAAUGCCAAGAGUCCAUGUCCAGGGUCAAAACUGAUGUUCCAACUAGUCUUAUUCAAGCAUUUCUCCUCCAGAUGUCUAGAGGCAGCCCUGAACACAUUUACAACCAUAAUCAACUUCACUACCUUUUAUUUGACAUUUAUAUUGCUUUCACGGAAACCACCAAAACAUCCUUUGGUUGGAUUUUACUAUAUCUGGCCCAGUAUGAACAAGUGCAAAAUAAAAUACGACAAGAACUUCUAGAAGUAGUGCAAGAUAAAACAGUAGAAAUGGAUGAUUUUGUGAACUUACACUAUACUAAAGCAGCUAUUGCUGAAGUGGCUAGAAUUAGAACUGUAGCACCAUUUGGAAUACCACAAUGGGUAUCCGCAAAUGUUUGUGUGGAAGGUUACACGAUUCCGAAAGAUACAAUGAUAAUGCCUUUAUUAUGGGCAAUCCACAUGGAUCCAAAAGUUUACAAAGAACCGGAAGAAUUUCGCCCGGAAAGAUUUCUGAACGAUGAUGCAAAAUUCAUCAAACCGGAAUCAUUCCUUCCUUUUCAGACCGGUAAAAGAAUGUGUAUUGGAGAAGAAAUAGCAACGAUGAUGAUGUACAUAUUUGUUGUCAUUGUGGUGAAGAAUUUUAAGCUUGCACCACCUGAUUUCGCUUCGAUAGAUUUCACUGGCAUAACUAAGGCUUCUCUCGCUCCAAAACCACAAGAAAUAAUGUUUACAAAGAUAUAAAUGUGUAUAUAAUUAACAAAAUUAG